AUGUCUGCAGUAAAGCGCUCGGGGCAAUUCUGGUGGACGGUGUGUGGUGUGCUGUUGCUGCUCGUCGGAUACGUUCUGUCCAACCCGAUCGAGGAGGGUGGAAACGAAAAGGAUAAAGCGCUCGGCGGUGUCCCCGACGGUGGUAGCGUACACGAGGAGGUCGUUGUCGCUGCAUCCCUGUACGUUCGCAAGAAGCCUGCCACGUCGCUACGGCGCCAGGAGCGUGAAGUGCGGGACGAUCACGUAACGCAUCCGAGUGUGCCGCACACGAACGGGCUGGACGCGCCCGGGAAAGGCAAACCGCAUCUGGGCAAGCACCAGGACAAAGUGGUGCCGAACUGGAAGAACCACGUCGUGACACCGAAAGUGGAACACCAGCGAAAACAGUGA